AUGUCCUUCUUUAGCCCAAAACCAAAACUAAUGCAGAUCCCCGUCGAAGAGCCGCCUAUGAAGGUGCCGGUGCCCAUGCCAAACGUCUUCGUCGUACCACCAGAGGAGGACCAAACUCCACCGUGGUGCUUUUUCCAUGCAGAAAACCCGGAGCUGUCCCAGAUAGACGAGCGGUCUGAGUCUCCAGACAACAGUACCUUUUUUGAGGUAAAUGGAGAUUCUCCACCAUCAGUCUUCACUGGAGGCUCCAUGAUAGAGCCUAUGCCGAGCAGAAAUCGCGAAACUAUUUCAAUUGUCGAUGCUCUGCUGGGAAACAGGGACGAGGGCGAUGAUUCUGGAAGUGAGGCAUCGUUUGAAGGAGAAAUGGACGUGGGAGAGGAUGAAGAGCACAAUGACAGCAACUCGAUUCAGGAGAAUGACCGUCACGGGCUUUCGAGAGACCAGGAACGCGAACCCGCCGACGAUUCAGAUGUCAUUGAAGUUGUCAAGGUCAGUCGCCGCAAGUCCCUUGCAGAAAUAAGGAAAGACGACCAAAGUGUCCGGGCUUUCUCCGAAUUCAAACGGUCUGGUACCAUCAAGUCUCGUGCUUCAAAAGUCUUCCGAUCGUUGCGAGGAACAUUGCGCUCCAAACCCCGAGCGCAGGAUAUAUUCAAUCCUCCAGCAGUUCCUACCAGGGCUUCACAGCAGACGCGUGAAUCUGAACCUUCAGAAGGAGAGGCCAUCCCCCGACCUAAAACUCCCACCAUUACUCGUAGGGGCUCUAGGGUUUUAUCACAAUUAUUUACAGGUCCCUCAAUCAAGCCUCGUUCCUCAAUUUCAUCUUUCAACGAACAAACACCUGUGUCAGAUGAGGUUGAGAGGUCUCAGUCUCCUCCCCCUACAUCACCGCAAAGCAGUCACUUUGGUUCUGUUCCCCUGUCUCGUCGAACUUCAUUGUAUACUCUUGGGACGCAACAUAAUGGAUCGAGAUUGAGGGCUGCCUCUCCUACACCAACAACCAUUAGUUCCAAGACGACUAAUCGUCGUCGUAGUUUCUCGAUAUUGAGACUCUUUUCCUUUUCUUCGUCUUCUUCCUCAUGCACCUCCUCAGCUCCAGCUCCUUCACUGAAGUCAGUGUCCACUUCUUACGAUGAACCAGGGCGUGCGACGCCCACACAACAUUCCAACUCAAGCACACCAUCCGCAACUUCCUCAAUAUCUACUGUCUCCAGUCCGCAACCGCGGACCCCCACAAGCACCGAAGCCUCCCCGGUGCGUCUCGUAGCCAAGGAGGAACCGAUUGAGCCACUGAUGUUUGGAAACUUCGACUCAAUAUUUGACACCAACGCCGAUUUGAAUUUAGGCUUAGGUUUGAGUUUAGAUGGCUUGAACGAAUCAACCAUUUCUUCUCGGCACUCUACAACCGCAAAACAUGAGCAAGCCAGUGGCCAGUCAUCGUCUCGAACUGGUCGCCAAUCGUAUGAAGACCCAGGAGAUACGAGCAUCGAAAUGCGCCUCGACUCUUUCCACUUCGACGAUCUUUCCUUUGACGUCAGCCGAUUUUGA